GUGCUCUCGGAUUGUGAACCUUUUCGCAGAUUCACAGCCUUGGUCAUUUCCUCUCUGUGUUUUCCGUUAUGAGGAAUUCGUAGUCAUGAUUUUGUUUAAUUUUCUGAAUCAUUCGAGUGCUUAUCGUGUUCUGUUUUCCUAUUUUAUUCAAUGUUAUAAAUCACUGCCUCCGUCAAAUAUUGCUUGAACCAGUUGCAUUGAGAAUGGAAAUGUCAAAUAUAUGGCGCCCGUAAGCUCAGACAACACGCUUGUAUUAACACUCAAAAGAUUUUCAAGAAGGCUAAUUCUACAGUUUGUGGGGCUUAGCCACAUAUGUAAUACUCGUUCGAUUUUGGCUGCACCAAUAAUGCCAGAGAUGAAGGAACCUGAAGUCUUGCGGACUUUUAAGCUUGACAGUGGAGUGAGGAUUCAAGAUAUUGUUGAAGGAGAAGGACCAGAAGCACGUGGCGGAGACUUAGUCGAAUUCAACUAUGUAUGUAGGCGUGCAAAUGGAUACUUUGUUUACAGCACUGUGGAUCAAUUCAGCGGAGAAAGUAAACCAGUUAUACUUCCUUUGGAUGAGAAUCAGAUGAUAGAAGGCUUGAAGGAGGUCCUGACUGGCAUGAGAGUUGGUGGAAAGAGAAGAGCACUGGUACCACCUUCAGUGGGAUAUGUGAGUGAGAACCUGAAGCCAGUACCAGAAGAGUUUGGUCCUCGACGCAGCCUCUUUUCUCAUGCAAAGGAGCCUUUGGUAUUCGAAGUUCAACUUUUGAAAAUUUUGAGUCUCCCCUCAUCAUCUGUAUUUUGAGAGUUUUAUGCACUUAUCGUUGACUCCUAUGGAGAAGACUACUAGUAUUUAGUCCAAAAUUUUUGAUAUCUUUCUAUGUUAUCUCCUCCUGGUAUUAUAUUCCAAA